GCAGCCCUGCGUCAGAGCGAGACUUCCCCGCUCCGCACACCCCCUCGCCCCCGGCCCCGCCUAAGGCACCGGGCGGGCGGGCAGCGCCCGCCGCCCCGUCGCGGGCAGUGCCGCCGAAGUCCCCACGCACACCCGCCCUCCCCUCCAUGCCCCGGCCCCGGGGGGGCGGCGGCGGCGGCGAGCUCGUGUGCCUACGCGGGCGCGGCUCCCACGCCGGGGGCGGCGCGGCCCCGGCCUCCGGGGCGUGAAGGCGGGCGGGGGGGGGCGCGGCAGCGGGGCAGGCGGCGAGGGGCCCGACAGCGGCCCGGGGCGCGGCGCCGGGGCUCCGCCGCCCCGCCGGGUGGAUGCCAAGCGCUGCCCCGCCGGCCGCCGCCGCGCCGCCGUCGCGGGACCCAGGCAGCGGGAGAGAGGGGCCGGCGGCGGCCCCGCAGCGCGGCCCGCGCCCGCUCGGCAGCACCAUGAAGGCGGCAGAGGAAGAACACUAUAAUUAUACAUCUUCAAAUGUAAAUGCUGGCUUGCCUCUAAAUGUGGCACAUUCCUCAUUGUCAACUCCAUGUCAUGGCCUUCAGGCAUCAAAUCCCGUCAUUUCAGUUGUCCCAUCAACAAAUCAUCCUUCUGGUUACGGAGGACACAUCGAUGGUGGGGCCUCCGACUACUACCUGCCACCAAACAUCAGACCUAAUGGAGCUCCAGCGCUAGAGAGCCCUAGAAUUGAGAUCACUUCUUACAUGGGACUUCAUCAUAACAAUAACCAGUUUUUCCAUGAUGAGGUUGAGGAGGCCAUCCCAAAUGCCAAGCGGUCACCUUCCACUGCCACUUUGAACUUACCGAACAUCGAGGCGUACAGAGACCCGUCCUGCCUGAGUCCAGCGAGUAGCUUGUCUUCCAGAAGCUGCAACUCUGAAGCGUCUUCCUACGAGUCCAACUACUCGUAUCCGUACACGUCACCCCAGACCUCCCCGUGGCAGUCGCCGUGCGUCUCUCCGAAGACCACUGACACAGAGGAGGGCUACCAGCGCAGCAUGGUGGCCUGCACUCUGCUCAGUUCCCCAAGGCACUCUCCGUCAACGUCUCCCAGGACGAGCAUCACAGAGGAGAACUGGCUGGGGGCUCGCAACUCCAGACCUCCGUCUCCCUGCAACAAGAGAAAGUAUAGCCUCAACGGCCGGCAGACCUCCUACUCCCCGCACCACUCCCCCACACCUUCCCCACAGAACUCACCACGAGUGAGCAUCACCGAUGAGACAUGGCUGGGGAACACUAACCAGUACACCAGCUCCGCCAUUGUUGCCGCCAUCAACGCCCUCACCACUGACAGCACCAUAGAUAUGAACGAUGGGAUUCCCAUCAAGUCAAGGAAGACUGCCAUCGACCAUACCCCGUCCAUGACUCUCAAAACUGAACCGGCUGGCGAGGAUCACGGGACCAUAUCGCCAACCGCCGAUUUGUCACCAGAGGAUUUCUCCAGCUUUCAGCACAUCAGGAAGGGAAACUUCUGCGAGCAGUACCUGUCUGUGCCACAGCAUCCCUACCAGUGGGCCAAACCAAAGUCUCUGUCUCCAACAUCCUACAUGAGCCCAUCCCUGCCUGCCCUUGAUUGGCAGCUGCCAUCUCACUCAGGACCUUAUGAACUGCGUAUUGAAGUGCAGCCGAAAUCCCACCACCGAGCUCAUUAUGAGACAGAAGGCAGUCGAGGGGCUGUGAAGGCAUCUGCGGGGGGCCACCCUAUCGUGCAGCUACACGGUUACUUAGAAAGCGAGCCACUCACGCUACAGCUGUUCAUUGGGACUGCAGACGACCGCCUGCUGCGACCCCAUGCUUUCUACCAGGUUCACCGAAUCACUGGGAAGACCGUUUCCACCACCAGCCACGAAACGAUACUUUCCAACACCAAAGUCCUGGAAAUUCCACUUCUGCCAGAGAACAACAUGAGAGCAAUCAUCGACUGUGCCGGGAUAUUAAAGCUCCGAAACUCUGACAUCGAGCUGCGCAAGGGAGAGACAGACAUCGGUCGCAAGAACACACGCGUGCGGCUGGUCUUCAGGGUUCACAUCCCACAGGCCAACGGCAGGACCCUCUCCUUGCAAGUAGCCUCCAACCCCAUUGAGUGCUCUCAAAGAUCUGCCCAAGAACUGCCUCUGGUGGAGAAGCAAAGUACUGACAGCUUUCCUGUUAUUGGAGGGAAAAAAAUGAUACUGACCGGCCAUAACUUUCUGCAAGACUCCAAAGUCAUCUUUGUGGAGAAAGCACCAGAUGGUCACCAUGUGUGGGAAAUGGAAGCCAAAACCGACAAAGAAAUGUGCAAGCCAAAUUCAUUGGUGGUGGAGAUUCCACCUUUCCGCAAUCAGAGAAUUACCAGCCCUGUUCAGGUCAACUUCUAUGUCUGCAACGGAAAGAGAAAGAGAAGCCAGUACCAGCUUUUCACCUAUCUUCCUGCUAAUGUUCCAAUUAUAAAAACAGAACCCACAGAUGACUAUGAGCCUGCUCAAACCUGUGGACCAAUGAACCAAGGCUUAAACCCUCUCUCUAAACCAUACUACAGCCAGCAGAUCAUGAUGCCCCCCGACCCUGGUUCAUGCCUCGUGGCUGGCUUUGCCUCCUGUCAGCAGAGAAACACCGUGAUGUCACCCUCUCCCAACGCAAGCCCCAAGCUGCACGACCUUUCGUCCUCUCCUUACAAGUGCAUCCCCAACCCGGGCCACAGUCACCUCGGACUUCAGCAGCCCGCUGGAGGUGUCCCCACCAUUCAGGAAGUGCCAAGGUCUAUAGUUGUGCACCCAAGCUCCCCCGAGCAAUCAUCUCACAUCAUGCUGCAGCCGCAGGUGAGUCAACAUCUGAGCAGUAGCUGUCCCCUUGGUUAUCAACAAACACUCUAUCCCAACAGUCCCUCUUCUCCAGUUCCAUCUGUUACCCAAGAGCCAACCUAUUUGCAGUCCUGCAGUCCAACUCACUCAUCCAUAAUGGGUCAACAGCAGCAGCAACUGCCGAAGGUUCACAGAAAUGAGUCUCCAACAACCCAACCACUGUCAUUGCCAGAGUUGCAUGAGGAAAGUAAUCAUAAUUUGGCCCCUAUUCCUGUAACGAUCAAGCGAGAACCUGAGGAAUUGGACCAGAUGUACCUGGAUGAUGGGCAUGCGAGAGCACAGGAGCCCGAUGGAGCAAGAUGUGGCAUCACCAGUGGAAAAAUCCAAGGGCAGUAAUUACAGACAGCAAAGUGAACGUCAUGCUACAAAGCACUCUACAAGUAAAUGAAAUUAUAAGGAAUGACCUUUCCAGUACCAAUGUCCAUUCAUAGCUUUCAAUACGGACCUAGUAUGAACCCCCUCCUCACUUUUGACUUGGCUGGCGUGUCAGCCCAAGUAGAGAGAUACCGAAUAAACUGAAGACAUUGCCUGGUACCACACUCUGAUCUUCCACCUUACUGAAUGUCAGGAACUGAAGAUUUACCUCUUGCUUACAAAGAAGUAGCUCCUCAACUUCAGCUGAUGAAACAGCUCCUUUAAAGAAAAUCAUCUCAACAGAAAGAGGAGAGAGGACGCUCCGAGACGGCGCAUUUCAUGGGACAAAACUAGGAAACUCAGCAAAAUCUGAGUGCUUCUUCCCAGUGCUAAUCUUUUUUUGGCAUGGCACCGCUGGAAUACAGCCCUGGAAGUGCCUUAUUUUACCAGGUUGUGGCAUCAGGGCAUUUUUAAUAAGCUUUGAAUUUGCUACCAUUAAAGUGUUGGUAGGUGCAGAAACUAUAGAGCUUGCCUUCUGGAGAGUGAUAUUGGAAAAAAGCAUAGGACUCUGCAGCAAAGUAGGGGUAGCCAUCCCUACUCCAGCAGGGAUGAAUUCCAGAAUUUCUUCAGCUUUUCCUCUGCUGUAAUGUACAGCCUAUUGCCUUAUUCUCAGUGCAUUUCAAAAGACUCCUGAUUUGUCAUCAUCUCAGCUUUCUUUUGCAUAUUGUCUUUAUUACGUGCUAAUGAAUCAUAGGAUUGUUAGUAGUAGCAUGUUAAGAUUUUGAUUUUAAUCCAGCUUCAGUCAUAGCACAAGUGAGUUGAAUAGCACAAAAUAAAAAAGGUUGAUGGACAAAAAAUUGAAAUCUAUCUUUUACAUGAUAGAUGAAUGUGUAUGCAUGUACAUACAUACUAGUAUAUAUGCAUAUAUUUAUAUAUGACAAAUAAUAUAGAUGAUUGCCUAGUGAGGGCACUGAAUUUAGCAAUAAUUUCAAUUUCUGAGAAUGCAUUUCAGAUCCACAACAAGUAUUUCAGCUACUUCUUUUGAGGGUUUGUUGCACCUGAAGCAGGUAUGCAUUUUCUUUCCUCAUGCAGUUAAGCAAGCACUUUAGAUAGGCAAGAAGGAUGCAUACAAGAUACAUGUUAUUUACCAAAUGACAAAAUAUGAGUUAUAGUAACUGUAAAUACCAUUAUGGAAGAGUGUAAAAUAUUUGUUCAGUUAUAAUGUUAUUAUUCCGCAGAAGCCUUAUAACUCUCUGCUACAUGUAUGAAGAAGAAUAUUACCAAAAAACCGCAAGGGUUUAAUAUGCAGCGCUGUAUAGUGUGUUUUCAGAUUAGCUAAUGUUUCUGGAGCUACAGGUAGGCAUGUAGUGUAGCCUUUAACAUUGUAUUUUUUACAAUCAACCGCUUAUUAUAUAACUAGCAACAACUUAUUAUUUCAUAUAACCAAAAAGAUAAAAACAAAACUACAAUAAAAUAGCAUGACUUAAAUUAACAAUGUUUAACAUUAAUAUUGUGCCUUAGGAAUCUGUGCCCCCUCCUGGAAAUAGCGCUGAACUACUCCCGUGCUGGGGUGGCUCCACCUCAUGCAGUGGCAAGGAACAGGUUUCACAAGGUGAAAUCCUCCGAAGCGUUUUAAAACAUUAUUCUGUAUAAUUAUGUCUUACUUUCUUUAGAAAAAAAAAAAUGAAAGCCAUAUUUGUCACAUUUGCACAUUACUGUGAAGACAUGAGAAUAUAAUAUGGCUAUCUGUACAUAAUAUGCUGUUAUCGGUCCUUAUAAUGGUCUGUUAUUCUUCAGCUGUUUAAUCCCAGUUAUUUACCCUGUAUUUAGCGUUGUAGACAUUGCAUGAAAUAUUUCUUAUAGACUGCCAUAUGAAAAGUUAAAAAGCUUGACAGAUGUCAGCUUGACUUGUAGCUAGAAAAUAGAUCCAAUAAAGCAAAAUGUUUUGCUGGAAGCUAGUCUUAGAGUGGUUCAUUUUAUGUUACCUUGACAAAUCUUUUCUGAUAUAAAAUAAGCAUUUUUACUUUAUAUACAUAUAUAUAUGAAUAUGUAUCUCCAUCUCUUCUAUUUGAAGCUGUUUGCAUCCUGCUGCAUCCUGCUAAUGUAACCAUCUUAGUAUGGAAGUAAAGUCUCUUGUCAACAGACUAUUCUUCAUUUUCCCCCUGCAUUUAAAGAUGUUGCUGCCAAGGAGAGAAAAUGAUAUAUGAUAUAAUUCUCAGAUUUUAUUAUCUCAGUAUUUCAGAAAUGUCAACAGAGUGUGCAUGGAGGAAUCUCUGGUUAUGCCAAAGCAUUUUCUUAUUCAUAUACAUAAAUACCUUGGGUGAGGCUUUUACGAUACAGGACGAUACACACACACACACAGAGGUGCACCCUCCACAUGUUCCUAUUUCGGCAGUAAUUUUAGCAAGGUUUUCAACUGUAUGAGUUGGAUAUGUUGCACGUCCUUUAUCCUUAUUUUUAUUUUCCUUCUCAAAGCUAUUUUGGAAAAAAACAACCAACCAACCAACCAAACCUGUUUACUUUUAAGCCUGGAUAAUGGAAGAUUAAGCAUCUCUUGUAUAUGUAUUCAUAAAAUAAAAAUGAAAGCAGAAAUA